GGGCGGGCGGCGGGUGCUGCUGCUGGGCACAUCCCCGUUGUGCUGCAGCCUGCGUGCGGCCUCCAGUCCCGGGCCCCGCGCCCCGCGCCCCGCGCCCCGCCAUGGAGCCCGGCCCCGCCAGCAACCCCGCCAGCCCCGACACCAUCCGGGAAGGCUGGUUCCGCGAGACGUGCAGCCUGUGGCCCGGCCAGGCCUUGUCGCUGCAGGUGGAGCAGCUGCUGCACCAUCAGCGCUCCCGGUACCAGGACAUCCUCGUGUUCCGCAGCAAGAGCUACGGGAACGUGUUGGUGCUGGAUGGUGUCAUCCAGUGCACCGAGAGGGACGAGUUCUCGUACCAGGAGAUGAUCGCCAACCUGCCUCUCUGCAGCCACCCCGACCCACGCAAGGUGCUGAUCAUCGGCGGCGGGGACGGAGGCGUCCUGCGUGAGGUGGUGAAACACUCGUGCGUGGAGUCAGUGGUGCAAUGUGAGAUCGAUGAGGACGUCAUCCGGGUCUCCAAGAAGUUCCUGCCCGGCAUGGCCGUGGGCUACUCCAGCUCCAAGCUGACCCUGCACGUGGGCGAUGGCUUUGAGUUCAUGAAGCAGAACCAGGACGCCUUCGAUGUCAUCAUCACCGACUCCUCAGACCCCAUGGGGCCUGCCGAGAGCCUCUUCAAGGAGUCCUACUACCAGCUCAUGAACACUGCACUCAAGGAGGAUGGCAUUCUCUGCUGCCAGGGUGAAUGCCAGUGGCUGCACCUGGACCUCAUCAAGGAGAUGCGCCAGUUCUGCAAGUCCCUCUUCCCCGUGGUGGGCUACGCCUACUGUUCCAUCCCCACCUACCCCAGUGGCCAGAUUGGCUUCAUGCUGUGCAGUAAAAACCCGAACACCAAUUUCCGGGAGCCUGUGCGGCCACUGACACAGAAGCAGGUGGAAGCGAUGCAGCUCAAGUACUACAACUCAGCUGUACACCAAGCCGCCUUUGUCCUGCCUGAGUUUGCCCGCAAGGCCCUGAAUGAAGUGAGCUGAGCCUGAGGUCAGGCCCGGAUAAGAACCUACCCAGGAAAGCCGCCCAGCUGUGCCCAGCCCUUCGGACUGUCUCGGGCCUUCGGUCCCCAAGCCUCUGCCAGCCGUGUACAGCCCCACCUCUGCCCCUCACCCAGCAACACGUAUUUAUAACAAA